AUGGCUGCAUCCGACCCCGCGACUGUUGCUGAGGGCCAUGAUGUCACGGCCCCUGUCAGACCGUCUGAAGAGGGAGAAAAUAAACAAGAGGAACGGGCUGCGCAGACAAUUCAGAGAUACUAUCGCGGCUAUCGAACGCGUCGAGAACUCAAAGGCUGGUCUCUGUCCUCGUCUACACGCUGGAUUGAAGCUGUCAAGGAAGCGCAAUGGCGCCAGACAAUGCAGAACCAUUACGAUGCCAAUGCCAAGACGAAUGGCAACGUUGGAAAUGAUGAUCCGGAGGGUAUCAUCCAACAUGAGGAGGACGACGAACAAGACCAAGAAGAAGAAGAAGAAGAAGACAAAGCGUCGAGGCGCACAAGUCAAAGUGGUCCUUCGCCGGAGGUACGACGGAAAUGGAAAUUAGCUGGGAAGGUUGCGCUCAGAGCUGGAGGGGAUGACAAUGUGCAGGAUAAGGUUGUAGAGGGUCAUGUUUCGGAGGAAAAAAGGAGCGAGAGUGGUACGCAGACGCAGACGCAGAGGGUACAUACGUUUCAGCAGACAGCAGCUACAAAAGAGCAUCGCGGUUCAUUGAUACCGACACGCACGACUACCGAUGUGGAAAAGAAGGCGAAGAUGAUGGAUUUGCAGUAUUUCUUAGAGAUGGUGGACUCAAAACACCGCUACGGCAGCAACCUACGUGCGUAUCAUAGUAUAUGGAAAAACGGUUCCUCAAAACAAAAUUUCUUCUACUGGCUGGACUACGGCGAAGGCAAAGACGUCGAAGUCGAGCGUGUUCCGCGUGACAGACUGGAGCGCGAGCAAGUCCGAUAUUUGAGUCGGGAAGAACGACAAGAUUACCUUGUCGUGGUAGACGCCAGUGGCCGGUUUCGGUGGGCCAAGAACGGGGAAAGAGUGUGGACGGACAGCGAGCGGUUCAAGGAUAGUAUUCGUGGCGUUGUGCCGGUGGAGGAUAAGACGCCUACGUUUCGAGAGUAUACGAAGGAGGGCAAUGAGAUGUUGACGGAGAGUAGUGAGGAGGAUGAUGAUGAUGAUGCUGAGGAUGAGGACGAUGAGGAGGACGAGGACGAGGAGAUUCAGCGGUAUAUGAAUCCGGCAUUUGAUAAUGCAAAGGGGAUCAAGAAGAUUGAAUAUGUUAGUCCGGCGGUGAUAUUCAAUCAUUUAAUGCAAAAGUCGUUGAAGAAAAAGGAUAAAUGGAUUUUUGUCGCUGAUACCUCCUUCCGCAUAUACAUCGGCAUCAAAGAAUCCGGCGCCUUCCAGCACUCCUCCUUCCUCCGCGGCGCACGUAUCGCUGCAGCAGGCCUCGUCAAAAUCACGGACGGCCAGUUACGCAGCAUGUCGCCGUUGAGUGGACAUUACCGACCCCCCGCCGCAAAUUUCCGUGCCUUUGUGCAUGAACUCCAAAACAAUGGCGUGGACAUGUCCCAUGUUUCGAUUAGUCGGUCUUAUGCUGUUUUGGUGGGUAUUGAAGGGUAUAUGAAAUUUAAGCAGAAGAAGAAAGACGUCAAAGACAAGAUUGAGGAGGAGAGGUCCAAGAUUGCCAACAGGCAGCAGAAGGACCAAGAAGGGGAGGAUGUGCCGGAUGUGUCAAGGAGUAGGCUAACGCAGAAGAAGUCUUCUACGACUACGACGGUUAAUCAGGUUGCGCCUGAAGAGGGGAAGGAUGCAGAUAAAGACAGUGGGAAGAAGACAGGUUUCUUCUCGAAUAUCGCAAGGAGACACAAGCAAGGGAUCAACGCAGGAAAGUAA